GGCGGGGCGGAAGCGGGCAGAGGCGGAAGGAGCGGUUGAGGCGGCGGCUCCGGUCCCGGCCCCGCCGAGGAUGCUGCGGCUGCGCUGCAAGGCCCGGAGCGGCACCCACCCGCUGCUCGGCCUCACCGCCCACUCCCGGCUCCGCGACAUGCAGGCUGCCCUGACCGCGCUCACUGGCGUCCCCGCCGCGGCGCAGCGCCUCCUGCUCGGCUUCCCGCCGCGGAGCUUAGACCUCAGCGAUGGCGAGCGGCGGCUUGGCGACCUCGGAAUCCACUCGGGCGAUACACUAAUAGUGGAAGAGGACUCAUCCAAACCCAAGACUGACUCACCUGUUGUUGCUAAAAGAACGAUGUCUCACUCGGUUAGGGAAGCCAUGCCCGUGCUGGCAAGGAGGGUUGUGCCAGCAGAUAAUUCCUGUCUCUUCACCAGCGUGUACUACGUGGUAGAGGGAGGCGUUUACGACCCGGGCUGCGCUCCGGAGAUGCGCAGCCUUAUAGCUCAGAUAGUAGCGAGCGAUCCUGAAUCUUAUUGUGAGGCAGUUCUAGGGAAAACUAACAGGGAGUACUGUGACUGGAUCCGAAAGGAAGAGACCUGGGGAGGAGCCAUCGAAGUGUCCAUUUUAUCCAAGUUUUACCAGUGCGAAAUCUGCGUAGUGGACACACAGACGGUCAGGAUCGACCGUUUUGGGGAAGAUGCCGGUUACACUAAGCGGGUCCUUUUAAUUUACGAUGGGAUCCAUUACGAUCCACUUGAGCGCAAAAUCCCCGACUCGAACAUUCCUCCGCAGACCAUUUUCCCCACGACUGAUGACAUCGUUCUUGCACAAGCAUUGGAGUUGGCGGAUGAAGCCAGACGAAAGAGGCAGUUUACUGACGUGAAUCGCUUUACGCUGAGGUGCAUGGUGUGCCAGAAGGGACUGACUGGGCAAGUGGAAGCCAGGGAACACGCCAAGGAGACCGGACACACCAACUUCGGAGAGGUGUGACGUCUCCAUGAGGAUGGUUACAUUGACUACCUCACCGAUCCAGGAUAAAAUUCUGGAUUUCCAGAUAAGCUGUAUGUAAUCAAAAGAUUCCGUUCACAAAGCUUGAAAAGCGUAUUAGUGAUGGCCGAGAUGCGCAGGUUUGUUAUGGUUAGUGACUUUUCCAAUGGGUUUGAAGUAGGUAUCUUCUCGCAUGCUAACUUAUAGUCCUUUGGCAGGUGGAAUACACUGGCAGCUACGGCCUGAUUCCUGAAAUAAUCUUCUCUUUGUGUAUAUCACACACAAAAUCAGGCUUGUUCAACACUAGCGCAACAUCUAGCCUCUAAAUUACUGAAUUAAUCUCUCUGUAUUGUGUUUUCCGGGUAAUUAAAUUAAUCUAGGGGCUUGGGAAACGCACGUAUUAGCAUUACUUACAUUAAGAAUUAGACUCUGCACUCACAAGCAGUUCUUGCAGGGGAAAAGGCUCAUUUGGUGCACGAUUUUUAAUGGAAAGAGCGUCUCCAACGCUGCCCUGUGUUAUGUUACCAUCAGAAGUAGAAUGUGGUGUUUGUGUGAAGUCUUGGCUUUAGAGAAAGAAAUGGCCUCUAAGCUUUAAGGUAGCCUUCUUUAACUUACUGAGUAAAUGGUUAUGUGUUGAAUAAACUUACUAAUCCUCCAUAGGUAGUUUUUAGUUGCUUGAAAAAUAACCAACAACCCCCUGGUGUUUACACUGCAUCAGGGCACAGGCAUGUUUCUUGAAAUACUUUGGAUUCUCCUCUGAAUUCUGGCAAGAGGGAAAUGUUGUAAUUAGGGAAGUGACUAAUUUUGCAUCUGUUAACUACGUUUAAGCAGACUUGACUGUGGUAUAGCCGAUCUCACAGUGUUACUAAGCUGAAUUCCGAAUACUGUAAAUUAGCACUUUAAGGAAUAGUUCUCACUCUUGGCCGGUAAGAAGUUUUGCCCUGUGUGGAAGGACAGAGUGCUGACCCCGAAGGGAAGCAUGAAGUUUCAUCAUUUGCAUUCUGCCUUAACGCGUUGGAUUUGUCACCGGUGACUGUUCAGUAGCAAGACUUUAAUUCUGAUAAUGAAGGGUGCAGUUUCAUUUCCGGAACAAAAUAAGCUAUGUACACUGCCCUACUUCUCGUACUGUUCAGAAUCAGGGAAGCUGAGGUUGGGUUAAUAUCUCUUAACCUCACAGCAGGGUUGUGAGGCUUAACUAUAAGUGCUUUUGAGGUCUUUUAAAAGGUGCUGUAAAGGUGCAUAUUACUGAAAGGGAUUUUUUUUUUUCUUUUAAAUGCCUGCAACACAUACUUGUUUUAUUGAAUUUUAAAAUCUCAUCCUGCUGUUCUGCCACUGUUUCAAGUUACCUUCCUUGCACUUUCACAGCUGGGGAGCAAGCCUGCAUCUGCAGACAGACAGGAGUAAACUCACUUCCCAAGUGGAAGCUAAGAUCUUGUUUAAAGGCCUCCAUUCAUUAAGGCAUCCAGCUAAAGCCCUGGUGCCACAAAAAACUCUUUCCUGUAGAAAGCACGUUUCACUGAAGUUUCCAGGGAGGCUCCCAGUUGGACCUUGAAAUACAGGAGGGUCUGAUUGAAAAAUGGAACCUUAAUCACGUAAGUGCUUUGCUGAAUUGAGGCAUGAAUAAUUAAGUAUAAAGAAUAGGAUCACCUAGAGCACAAUGGGCCAGGUGUCAUUUUAAUUCAGUGUUAAAAUAGGCAGUAGCGCUGUCGGGAGUUGCCUAGAGAACGCCACUUAGCUUCCGGUGUUAAACCCCACAUUGCUUUUAGCCGGUCAUUAGGGAAAACCCCAGCAAACCCCGACAUUAAAACCCACCCUCUAGAAGCUGAUGCUUAAAAACCUAAGGAAGUACCUGACAGUUCAAAGGAACUUGAAGAUUACACUGUGUUAUAACUACUUGAGCUGAAAAAUUGUCUAGGAGGGAGACCGAGAGACUGUGUUCUCAGCUUUCACACUGAAGUGGUGGGAUGCCUGCACACGGAGCGGAUCCUCACCGUUUGCCACCUGUAAACCGGACAGAAUACCUACCUCAGCGAGGUGCAGGGGCAACUGCCUUUGAGGGUCUGGAUCACAAGUGGGGAUUUAAUGUAUUUAUUGUCUGCCGUGCUUGCAAAUGCGUUGGCUCUGGGGAGCAACACUUAGAUUUUAGCUCUGUAUCCCGGAUGGAUUUCUGGGAGUGUAUAAAAUAUUUUUGGGGCUAUUUCUCAGUAGCAGUAUUUAAAUAAGCCAAUUUUAAAAUCCAGAGUGUUUAGCUUUGCUCUGUCAUCUUUGCAUUGAAAGUCUGCUGACAGAGCCUGGGUUUGGUUUGAGGGGAGGUGUCGAUAUCCCUGCUCGGGUGUUUUCGUUCAUUGCCUGAAUAAUAAAAUCUCUUUGGUU